UACGGCUGAAUACGGCUGGGAGCCGGCGCGAACAAGCGGGCCUAACCGCAGGCCAUCCGUGCAGCGCGCGAGCCGCGGACACCUCCAGAGGCACCACAACCUAGCGGCGCAACAGCGCGGCCGGCGCGGCACAUCACCAGUGCGCGCGCAGCGGAAAGCGACCUCGGUAGUCAGGCGCACCGCGCGGCGCGGCGCGGCGCACCAAACCCAUGGGCCAGGCCCCGAGCGGCCAGGGCGGCGGCCCGCCGCCCGAGCGCGACCCCGAGAAGGAGAAGGCCGAGCGGGAACGCAGGAAGAAGUCGUACGCCGCCCGACCGCCGCUCCACACCGGACGAAGAAGGCGACGAAACCGGGGCACGGGCACUUCUGGUAAAUUACCAAAAGUCUACCCGACGUCCAAGUGCAAACUACGCCUGCUCAAGUUGGAACGGAUCAAAGACUAUUUGCUCAUGGAACAAGAAUUUAUUCGGAACCAGGAGGUCUUCAAGCCCCACGAGGAGAAGGAUAAAGAAGAAAGGGACAAGAUGGAGGACAUCCGCGGGAGUCCCUUAGCGGUCGGUUCAUUGGAGGAGAUGAUCGACGACACGCGCGUGGUCGGCGUCCUUGAUAUACAUAUACUUGAUACAUACAUACAUACAUACAUACAUACAUACAUACACCCAUGCGUUCGAGUGGCGCCGCGCGUCGAUGGCGUGGCGACGCGACGCCAUCGACGCGACGCCGUCGCCGCGACACCGCCCAUCAUACAUACAUACACAGGCACGCCAUCGUCUCGUCGAGCGUCGGCCCCGAGUACUACGUCUCGGUCAUGUCCUUCGUGAACCAAGACUUGCUCGAGCCGGGCUGCUCCGUACUGUUACACAACAAGGUCAUGGGCGUAGUAGGUAUCCUGUCGGACGACACGGACCCGAUGGUGAGCGUCAUGAAGGUCGACAAAGCCCCGCUCGAGAGUUAUGCUGAUAUUGGCGGUCUAGAAACCCAAAUCCAGGAGAUCAAGGAGGCGGUGGAGUUACCGUUAGCGCAUCCCGAGCUUUAUGAGGAGGUCGGUAUCAAGCCCCCGAAGGGUGUUAUCUUGUAUGGGGUCCCCGGUACCGGUAAAACUCUCCUAGCCAAAGCUGUCGCGAACCAGACCUCAGCUACCUUUUUGAGGGUUGUCGGGAGCGAGCUCAUCCAGAAGUAUUUAGGGGAUGGCCCGAAGCUCGUGAGGGAGCUUUUUAGAGUCGCUGAUGACUUAUCUCCUACGAUCGUGUUCAUCGACGAGAUCGACGCGGUCGGUUCGAAGCGCUAUGAUUCGCAGUCGGGCGGGACGCGGGAGAUCCAGCGGACGAUGCUCGAAUUGCUGAAUCAGCUCGACGGGUUCGACGAACGAGGCGACGUGAAAGUCAUCAUGGCGACGAACAAGAUCGAGAGCUUGGAUCCGGCUCUGAUCCGGCCGGGGCGCAUCGACCGGAAGAUCGAGUUCCCGCUGCCGGACAUCAAAACGAAAAGACACAUCUUCAACAUCCAUACGGGUCGCAUGUCGCUCGGCGAAGACGUGGACCUCGAGACCUUCGUCAUGGCCAAGGACGAGCUGUCCGGUGCGGACAUCAAAGCGGUCUGCACGGAGGCUGGUUUACUGGCGUUGCGAGAGCGUCGGAUGAAGGUGACGCAGGACGACUUCGUCAAGGCCAAGGAGAAGGCGCUGUACCAGAAGAAGGGCAACAUCCCCGAGGGGCUCUACAUCUAGGCUGGGGUUUAAGUCGGGGUUUAGCUAU